AUGGGCGCCGCGACCAGCCGCUUCGGCCCCUGCUGGCCUCGCCGCCGCCGCUCGCCGCAGGACGAGCCGUACCUCACCGACGACGUCCUCGAGGAGGUCUUCCUCCGCCUGCCGCCGCACCCGGACUGCCUCCGCCGCGUCUCGCUCGUCAGCAGGCGGUUCCGCCGCGUGGUCACCGGCCGGCGGUUCCUCGCCCGGUUCCGCGGCAUCCACGGCGGCGCGCCUCAGCUGGUCGGGCUCUUCCAUAACCACAACCAUGGGGAUGACCGCUUCGUCCCUGUCGGCGUGGAUGGGUCAGGCUACUUCCGCCGCCGGGCCGGCCCGGUGGGUCGUCCUCCCCGUGGGCCGCUCUCCCCUGGCGACGCCCAGUGGAACAUCCUCGGCUGCCGCGGCGGCCGCGUCCUGCUCCUCAGCCCCGACCGGCUGCGUCUCCUCGUGCUGGAACCCAUGCGCGGUCGCCGCCAGUACUUCCCGGCGCCGCCGGCGCCGGUGUACAAGCCGUCGUGCUUCAGCAACGCCGCCGUGGUCACCGCCGACAGCGGCCACGACGAGCUCAGCACUCACCUGUUCCGCGUCGUGUUCGUGUCCUGCAACGCCGCCAGCAAGCGCUCGACCGUCUUCAUCUACAACUCGGCGGCAUUCCGGUGGACCAAGGUCGCGACGGCCGAGAUGUCGUCGGUGGUCGACGGCCGGCCAAGCGUGCUCAUUGGCCAAGUCCUCUACUGGCACCUCGUCUCCCACGGCAUCAUCUCCUUCAACCUCGAGACGCACGAGCUGCACGAGAUCCUGGUGCCGGCCGACGCCUUCGAUGACGUCCACGAGGCCAGCCUCAACAUCGUCGUCCCCAAGGGCGGCGGGGUGGGCCUCGCCGCCGUGUCAGGGUACAUCCUCCAGAUGUGGACGCUCCGGAAUUUCACCCAUGGCGCCUCCACCUGGGACCUGCGCAAGAUCGUGAGGCUCGACGCCUUGCUUCCCCUCCGCAACGCUCGGUUCGCGGCGCCGCCGCCGACGCCGACGGCGAAGCACCCGCUGGUGUGGAUGAUGGCGCUUGACGAGGACAAAAAUGUGGGUUACAUCUGGACCAUGGUUGGGGUGUUUGCAGUGCAGCUUGACUCCAUGAAGUACCACAAGGUGAUUGGGGCUGUCUGCAGGGGGAUGGACCUUGUUUACCCCUACAAAACCUUCUUUCUUCCUGCAGGUACAUUCUCAUACUGGAUUAAUCAGUUUUAUAUGUGCAAAAGCAUGGGUCAUAUAGGCAUGAUUAAGUGUAAUUUGACACUCGAAUUUCAGUUUGAAAAGCUCUGUGAAUAA